GGGAAGCUGUGUUACUCUGUCAGUUACUCUGUCGGUAACACAGUCGCAGUCAUCGUGGUAACCGGUGAGGCCGGGGCUGUGAUGAGCAAAGGAUACGCAGCGCAGGUGCUUUGCCCAGAAAGGAGGCGUUAGGAGACGGGAGACACAACAACAGUAAACCGGGCGGAAGCCUCUCCGGCGCGAAGGGGCUUCGGGACGUCCCUCCUGAUGUGAGAGACGCUGUGUCAAACGGAAGGAUAAUUAUCCUUGCUGGUUUCUGUCCCGAGGCUUGGCUGCGAGCGAGAGCGAGAGCAUGAGUCGCCCGCACACCAUGCAGAACCAGACCUGUGGGCCCUGGGAGAUGAAGGAGCGAUUGGGGACGGGAGGUUUUGGCAAUGUCAUCCGAUGGUGCAACAAGGAGACCGGCCAGGAGAUCGCCAUCAAACAAUGUCGUCAGGAGCUGAGCCCUCGCAACCGCGAGCGAUGGUGUUUGGAGAUCCAGAUCAUGAAGAAGCUGAAUCAUCGGAACGUGGUCGCGGCCCGGGAUGUUCCUGAGGGAAUGCAGAAACUGGCCCCCAACGACCUGCCGCUGCUCGGCAUGGAGUUCUGUGAGGGUGGAGACCUCCGUAAGUUCCUAAACAAGUUGGACAACUGCUGUGGGAUGCGGGAGCCGCUUGUUCUGUCGCUGCUGACGGACAUCGCCUCUGCUCUUCGCUACCUGCACGAAAACCGGAUCAUCCACAGGGACUUAAAGCCGGAGAAUAUCGUGAUUCAGCAGGGAGACCAAAGGUUAAUCCACAAAAUCAUUGACCUGGGCUAUGUGAAGGAGUUGGAUCAAAGCAGUCUGUGUACGUCCUUUGUGGGGACCCUACAAUAUUUGGCCCCAGAGCUCCUGGAGCAGCAGAAGUACACGGUGACGGUGGAUUACUGGAGCCUCGGGACGCUGGCCUUCGAGUGUAUCAUGGGAUUUCGGCCCUUCCUACCAACCUGGCAGCCCGUCAACUGGCACGGGAAAGUCAAACACAAGAGUCAGACAGAUAUCGUGGUGAUGGAGGACAUGAACUCUGAGGUGGUGUUUUCCAGUCAGCUCCCCGAGCCCCACAACCUCAACAGUGAGCUGUCGGGACGACUGGAGCUGUGGCUACAGGUGAUGUUGAAGUGGAACUCGAAGCAGCGCGGAGUGGACCCCACCCACGGGCCACACGGCUGCUUUAAGGCCCUGGACGACAUAGUGGAGAUGAAGUUUGUGCAGGUGCUGGACAUGCGGGCGGGGCGGGGGCACACCUGGACGCUGUGCGAGGGGGCCGGGGUGCCAGGACUGCAGCGCUGGCUCCAGUCUCACACCGGAGUCACCGAGGAAAGCCAAGAGCUGCUGCUGGAGACGGGAACCAGUUUGGACCCCCGGAAGGCUCUCAGCGACUGUCUGCCCGACCCCAAGAGUCCUGGCAGCCGUGUUGAAUUCCCUGUGGUUUAUCUGUUUGAUAAAACCCUGACCAGCUACGAGGCACCAGUCAAUGUCCGCAGACCCCCUCCUGCCGUCAGCUUCAUCCUCCAGGACCCGAAGAAGAUGCUGUCGUACCUACUGCUGCGCAGGGCAUGGGGGCAGAGCUGGCACCUCAUCCGCUGCCUGAAGGAUGACUGUACCCGUCUCCAACAGGGGCAGCGGGCAGCCAUGCUGAGCUUGCUGCGCUAUAACGGCAGUCUGUCCAAGCUGAAGAACAGUAUGGUGUCCAUGUCCCAGCAGCUCAAAGCCAAGCUCGACUUCUUCAGGUUCAGCAUCCAGAUCGACCUGGACAAGUACAGCGAGCAGAUGGCGUUCGGCAUCACCUCGGAGAAGAUGGUUGCCGCCUGGAACGAGAUGCAGCUGAAGGCGGACGGUUGUGGCCGCAGGAGUGACGCCCUGAGGUUGGAUGAACAGACAAUGCUGCUCCAGACGGACAUUGUGGAGUUACAGCGGAACCCCCGGCAUGGGGACUCGCUGGAGACACUGGAGGAGGCCGCCAUGGAUCUGUACCGGAAACUGCGGGAGAAACCUAGAGAACAGCGUGUCCCUGGUGACAGUCAGGAGAUGGUGAGGAUCAUUCUACAAACCCUACAGACCUUCGAGAAGAAGGUGAAAGACAUCUACGAGCACCUCAGUAAGACGCUGGCCUGUAAGCAGAAGGUAAUCGAUCUGCUGCCCCAGCUGGAGGGCGUGUUACAGCUGAUGGCGGACGAUGAGAAGCUGGUGGUCAAGCUGCAGGAGAAGAGGCAGAAGGAGCUCUGGCACUUACUGAAGAUCGCCUGUAGCAAGGUGCGAGGCCCGGUGAGCGGGAGCCCGGAGAACGUCAGCGCCGGCCGGCUGUCUGCCCCCAGCCAACCCGUGUCCCCAGCCCAAACUGACCCCGGCAUCCCCUUUCCCGAGAAAUCAAAACACGAUGAGGAGUCUCUGGUGGUGAUUGAAGAGAGCAAGAGCCACCAAAACCAGCUGCACAGCGUCCUGCAGGACACCAUUCAGGACUACGACUCGCUACAGUUGCUGGAUUGGAGUUGGCUUCCAACUCAAUGAGGAAAUAUCUGGAGUCUAAGAUUUGCCGUGGGGGCCUCUUCUCUCCCUAUCCCCCCCGACC